GGGGGGAACCGGGGCGGGUUUGUGGCUUGGAAAAGACAUGGCUGGAGGUGAGGCCAGCGUCUGGCCUCAAUUUCCCCAUUGCAAUGGAACUGAGUUCAAAGGGGGACUCCAAAAUCCCCAUCAGUGUGGCUGCAUCGGUGUUGUGAGUUGUGCCAGGCCUCAGCUCUGGUGCAGGGGGAGUCACAGCUCAGCAGAGGGGAGCGGAGGAUGGACUUCCCCGCAGUGAGCGCUGUCCCCGUGAGGAGUUUUGAUGGCUGCAUGUCACUGUCUGCAGUGUGAGUCACUGGGGUGCGUCGCAGUGCCUCACCCCACAGAGCCGCACCGGGAGGGAGGGAGGAGAGCAGGCAGGAAGCUGUGCUGAGCAGCACUCAGGUGCGCCAAUGGGGCUGCCCUCACCUGGCGCAGGUGAGCAGCGACGAGGGCGGUUCCAGCCCCGCCGCCAUGGAGCCUGUGGGCGCUUGGGGCCCUGCGCAGACUGCGGCCUGGCUGCGAGGUGAGAGCCCCCCGCCCCGAGACCCCCACCGAGGGAGGACUUCAGCCCUCAGGUGGGAGGGUUUGUGUCCCUGCUUUGGGAGUAACGCUGUGGUGGUGGUGGGAGCCCGUUCCCCAACCUUUACUCUUCCUUUUCCCAAAACCCUGAGGGAUUUCAAAGGGAAAGAGGUGGGGGCUGUGAGCACGGUGCUGGCUGAGGUCUGGUGUGCUCAGUGCAUGGAUGGAACCAGGUGUCACCCUCCACCGUGGGGCCGUCCGAGCCAGGGACAGGGGGUGGGUGGCAGGGUCUCCCCCUCACCAUGUGCCUGGCUCUCAGCAGGGCUGGAUGCAGCCGUGCAGGGGUAUCCCUUUGAGGAGUGGGGUCUGGCAGGCAGUGAGCUGCUGAGGCUGUCAGAGGGAGCUCUGGAGGCGCUGGGAGUAUGGCGUGUGGGACACCAGGAGCUGCUGCUGGAGGCGGUGGAGCAGCUCCGAGCCCUGGACACAGAGCUGGCGAGCACCAGCCUGCGGACACUGACAGAGAGGCUGCGGGAGCUGGCACAGUGCACUGAGACCGUGGUACUUGAGGGGUCACCCGGGGGGGCCACCCCACAGCCACCCCCCAUCGCCCUGCUGGCCUGCGUCGUUGAUCUGAUUGGAGCUGCCAAGAAGCUCUUCUCCUGGCUCAACAGGUACCUCUUCUCCACCCUAAAUGACUUUUCAUCCACUCGGGACAUCGUCCUGCUCUGUGCCCGCCUGGUGGAGGUGCUGCAGACGGACUGCUCUACUGCAGAGAAGAACAGCCAGAUUCUGUUUAUAUGCCAGCACAUCAUAGGCAUCUGCAAGAGCAUCGUGGACUGCAGUCCCCCAGCACUGCUGGACCGUAGGGCCAUGCUGCAGCACAUGGAGCUGGCACUGCCCCUCACAUCAUGUGAUGGCCCUCCAGAUUCCCCCAGCACCCCCACGCUGCCCCUUGUACUGUGGGCCAGCCCCCCAGCAUCCCCCAGCACCUCAAUGCUGCCUCCUGAGCCAACAGGGAGCCCUCCAGCAUCCCCCAGAACCCUGAUGCUGCCCUACAACCCACUGGGUCUGGAGAUCACCUCCACCAGCUCCUGCCUGCACUUUGUGUCCAUGACCAACUCGGAGCCAGGAAAGCUCCAUAAAGCUCCCUGCUGCCUGUAUUUGCUCCAGGCCCUGGCUGUGCACGGGGGUCGCAUCCUGCCCGGGGACGAGAUCGUGCAGGUCAAUGAGCAAGUGGUGGUGGGUUGGACACGCAUCAACCUCGUGAAGAAGCUGCUGGAGAAGGCGAGCAGAGUGUCACUUGUGCUGAAGAAGGUGCCCCUCAGCCUGCCUGGUUCUCCCCUGAGCAUCAGGCAGCAGGUGCCAGGUGCCCUUCUGGAUGCUGUGGAUCUCCCCAAAAGCAGCGAGUGCCCCAGCAGCCCCUCGUCCCCGGCAUCCAGCACCACUGCCGACGUGGACUCAGGGCUGGACCCCACCACUGACGAGGACGAACACAGCACAAGCCUGCACAGGGAGGACACGGGUGAGCUCCGGCCGGCAGCACUCAGUCUCGGUGCUGGGAAGGACGUGGUGUGGGAGGCCGGCACCCCACCAGGCACCCCAAGCUCACCGUGUGCCCUCCAAGCCUGCACUGCAGAGUUCAGUCCAACAGCAGCCCCCAGGGCACAAAGUGCAGAGCCCAGCCAGACCCCCAGGGAGGGCAGCCCUGAGACGGGACGCAGACCUAAAGGAGUGGCGACCAGGCUGAGCCGCCGGCGGGUCUCAUGCCGGGACCUGGGCCGGGUGGACUGCGAUGGCUGGCUCCUGAAGAAGAAGGACCACGUGGGCUUCAUGGCCCAGAAGUGGAAGCGCUGCUGGUUUGUGCUGAAGGGCCACACGCUCUACUGGUAUAACCAUCCCAACGAUGACAAGGCUGCAGGUCUCAUCAAUGUAGCCACUUACAACCUGGAGAGCACGAGGGAGCAGAAGAAGAAAUAUGUCUUCCAGCUCUCCCACGAGAAGUACAAGCCCUUUGUCUUCGCUGCGGAAACGCUGGCAGAUUUGAGCAUGUGGGUCAGCCACCUGAUCACAGCUAAGACAAAGCAUGCACUGGCCCACCAGCCCAUCCCGCACAGGGAGGAAGACUGCUACAGCGAGACAGAAGCUGAGGACCCUGAUGAUGAAUCUCCCCGACCUGGCUUUGACUCGCCAAAGAAAAGGCUGCAGAACACCCCAGAGAAAGCCCAGCUCUUCCAGACCAGCGGUGAAUCCAGCAGCCCACAGAACAGCCCUCAGCCCCAUUCGCCUGUAGAGCCCUGCGAGGAGGACCUCGAGAGCCUGAUGUGGUGCCUGAGGCAGGGCGGGGUGUCCCUCAUCGGGCGGCAGCGCUUCCUGACACAGGAGCAGUGCCGCAAGUCCUUCAUCCGGCGCAACAAGAACCCCCGCAUCAACGAGAAGGUGCACGCGGUGCGGGCCCUGCAGAGCACACUCAAGGCGAAGCUGGCGGAGCUGCAGGCCCUUGAACAGCUGCUGGACGAUGCCGCGCUGACCUCCGAGAAGUUCCAGCGCUGGAAAGAAGAGCACCAGGACCUGUACCAGGAGCUGCAGGAGUGGUGGGCACGGCAGCAGGGCCAGGACAGCGGCGGGGGUCACGAGGCUGAGCAGAGACCUCCAGCAGGGGCAGCUGAACCCUGACACCCCCCGGAGCCCAGCAGGAAUCAUUCUCCAUUGAACUCGCAGCACUGCAGGUGCUCUGCCCGUCCUGGAUCGGUGCGUGGGGGUUUGGUGACAUUUCAGAAGGUUCAGCCCCCCUCAGUGGCUUUUGCUGCAUCGCCCACAAGGGUGGGACACCGCAGGACCAGUCCUGCUUUUUUUCUGAGGACACUUCACAUUGAGGACAGGGAUUUUCUCCUGGAGGAACGCGUCCCCAAUGCAUUGCCUCCAGCCGGGCUCUCUUCUGCCGCUAAUAAAUCGCUGACAGCUGUGCCACGUGCUGAAGUGUCCCUGCGGUGACAUGCGGCCCCCACACCACGUGCUGCCCUGCUCCCGGGGAGGGGAGGAGCUGACAGAGCCCUCCAGCAGCGCGGAGCACCCACACAGCCAGCACGGCAGGAUCCGGCUGCUGGGCCCGGAGCGGAGGGGCAGCGCGGGGCUCUGCUCUCUGCUGACGGCCGCACGGCCCGAGGGAGCGGCGCGGAGCCCCACGCUUCGGGCCGGAGCUCCCCCACCUCGGCACACCUGAGCGCACUGCGCACGCGCAAGAAAGCAGCAAACCCCGCCCCGCGCUGCCGGCUGC